UUUUGCGCCUCAGAGAGGCAGGCGCACACUCGUAUAAAUCUGUGGAAAAUGUGUGCCUGCUGGCCUAGAGUUCUCCCUAGCCGUGCAGCAGAAGUCAGACCGUUUACGACGGGGGCUUUGAAUACUCGAUGGAUGGGGUGCUGCAGGUUGACUUCUGACACACCGUCCCCCCUGCUUCCACUUUAGUUUGAACGCUACGUGUCUCGGAGGCAGCUGCACUUGGUGGGAGAGCUGAGGGUUUUUACGCCAAGGCUGCUCACUCAUAGCUUUUUCGAAGCCUGUUGGAUUGGGAAGCAUGUCGGGAACAUCGAGUUUGCUCGUUCUGGGAGCUCUCCUGGCUCUCAGCUGCUGUAACCCGCAACUUCAUGUCGCCGCUGAUGGGAUCGAAGGCGUCGAUAACGUGAUCACACAAUGGAAUGCUGUCGCCCAGCGGAUGGUUCGACUUCUCGCACUUCCCAAUCAAAUUGCCGGUCGGCUUUUCUUGGAACUUCACGUUCCGCAGUAUCGUGCUAUUCAAUUGGCGCUGAAGAAGAAAUCGAAGAGUCCAGAGUCAGCCGCCCACUAUGCUGCCCACUUCGCCCUCUCAGAACUCUUUCCGGCUCAGCAAUCACCCAUCUUCGACAUCUUCAUUGCAUCCAAAAUCUCUGAGCUGGGACUCUCUGCCGCGGACGAUAGAGAGGCUGAAAGGAUUGGAGUGUCAGUGGCUGCAAGGUUUUUGAAAUCAAGAACUAAUGACGGUAGCCAGAAAUGGGCGAAAUUCCAACCUGCCCCUCUCGACGGGCCUGUGGGAAAGUACCAAUUCACUCCCAAUCAGACGUUUGCCCUCUACCCUCAGCUGGCAACAACACGACCCGAGGUGAUCAAGGCCGCUGAGGAUUUCGACACCCUCGGAGGGCCUCCCAGCAUUCCCAGCGCCAAAUACAACUCCGAUUAUCAGACACUGGCCACAGUCGGCAAUGCCAAUUCUCCACUCCAGACCAAGCUGCUCAAAGACACGGCAAGAUUUUGGGAAGAUGGCGGCAACACCUCGGGAAUCGUGGGGCACCUCUUCAAUAUGAGUCUAGCCGUGACGGGCACCAAAAUCUCGACGAUCGAGACGGCGAAGCUCUUCACGAAGCUGUCAGUCGCGUACUUCGAUGGAGCCAUUGCGGGAUGGUACCAAAAGUACAAGUACCUCUUCUGGCGACCCAUCACUGCCCUCAGACAAGGUGAGACCACGCAUGCACCUCUGCCGACUUACGACACGUACCUUCGAACGCCCCCGCAUCCCGAGUAUCCGAGCACGCACUCUGUGAACGCCGGAGCAUGGGCGGCGAUCGUGUCGAGAAGUUUGGGAGUACCGAUGACGCAGAAGAUUGCUCCGUUCACGGUAGCCACGGAGGGCUACCUUCUUCCCACCAGGACCUACACCAGCAUUCAGGACCCCAGCGUCGAAAUCUACCUCAGCAGAGUUUAUGGAGGUGUUCACUUCCCCAAGGCUGGCAAAGACGGCUUGCAACUAGGGAUCAAUGUCGGCGAGUAUGUCUACGAUCAUUUCGAAGAAGUUUAUGGCCGUCUAUAGGAUUUUGUAGAUAGUUGAUAAAAAGUUUAUACUUUGAAUAAAACGGACAUCUUUUCGAUAUAUCUCGUGUUUGAUUCGGAAAUUUGUACAAUUCUAGAAGUUGUUUCAUACCAAUUUCAAAUCGCGCCGACAAUUAUCAUCCUGAAUUAAGUUGUGUAUGGAGUUUGCACAGUAUUUAAAAUCGUAGUAGUUUAGCUAAUACUCAUAAUUUGAUUCGUCAGAAAUUAGAUAUAAAUCAAAAUAGUAUCGAAGGAUCGGAAUAUAUUCAUGUAUUUCCAGAAAUUGUCAUUAUAUUUAUGAAAAAAAGGUUUUUAAGUUAUAAAAUUAACUAUAGUAAUAUAAAU